GGAAAAGAGAAGAGCUGAAAGAGAGAAAGAGAGAGCGAGAGCACGAGAGAACUCCCCUUCACUGUUGUUGAACUCUUCCCUCUCCAGUCCUCUGUUUGUCAGUGACCUCCGUUGUCGGUUCCAUCAUGUCUCAGCAAAAGUCAGCUAUCCUCUCCGUCUACGACAAGACCGGUCUGUUGGACCUGGCCAAGGGUCUCGUCAAGCACAAUGUCCGUCUUCUUGCGUCCGGCGGUACUGCUAAGUUGAUCCGCGAGGCUGGAUUCCCUGUUGAGGAUGUUUCCGCCAUCACCCACGCCCCUGAGAUGCUCGGUGGCCGUGUCAAGACCCUCCACCCCGCUGUUCACGGUGGUAUCCUCGCCCGAGACAUCGAGUCCGACGAGAAGGACUUGGCCGAGCAGAAGAUCGACAAGGUCGACUUCGUCGUCUGCAACCUCUACCCCUUCAAGGAGACCGUCAACAAGGUCAACGUCACCAUCCCCGAGGCCGUCGAAGAGAUCGAUAUCGGUGGUGUGACUCUCCUCCGUGCUGCGGCCAAGAACCACGGCCGCGUUACCAUCCUCUGUGACCCCCAGGACUACCCCGAGUUCCUCAAGGAGCUCGAGGCCGGUGACAUCAACGCCACCAGCCGCAACUCGUACGCCCUCAAGGCCUUUGAGCAGACUGCCGACUAUGACUCCGCCAUCUCCGGCUUCUUCCGCAAGCAGUACUCCAGCGGCGAGCAGCACUUGUCUCUGCGCUACGGUGUCAACCCUCACCAGAAGCCCGCCUCCGCCUACGUCGCCCAGGGCAAGCUUCCUUUCAAGGUUCUCAACGGCUCCCCGGGUUACGUCAACCUGUUGGAUGCCCUCAACGCCUGGCCCCUCGUCAAGGAGCUCAAGCAGGCUCUGGGUUACCCCGCUGCUGCCAGUUUCAAGCACGUCUCCCCCGCCGGUGCUGCCGUUGGUGUGCCUUUGAACGAGAAGGAACGCAAGGUCUACAUGGUUGACGACAUUGCCGGUAUCGAAUCUUCCGGUCUGGCUCAGGCCUACGCCCGUGCCCGUGGUGCGGACCGUAUGUCCAGCUUCGGUGACAUCCUCGCCCUCAGUGACGUCGUUGACGUCCCCACCGCCAAGAUUGUCUCUCGUGAGGUUUCGGACGGUGUUAUUGCCGCAGGCUACACUCCUGAGGCUCUGGAGAUCCUCUCCAAGAAGAAGGGCGGCAAGUACCUUGUUCUUCAGAUGGACGAGUCUUACAUCCCCCCUGCUGAGGAGACCCGCACUCUGUACGGUGUUCAAGUGACCCAGCACCGCAACGACGUUGUCAUCUCCCCCCAGAAGACCUUCAACACCGUCAUCACCCCCAAGGACAAGGCCCUUCCCGACUCCGCCCUCCGUGACCUUACUGUCGCCACCAUUGCCCUGAAGUACACUCAGUCCAACUCCGUCUGCUACGCGCUCAACGGCCAGGUCGUCGGUCUGGGUGCUGGCCAGCAGAGCCGUAUCCACUGCACUCGCCUUGCGGGUGACAAGACUGACAACUGGUGGAUGCGCUUCCACGACCGUGUGCUCAACAUCCAGUGGAAGAAGGGCACCAAGCGUGCUGACAAGAGCAACGCCAUUGACCUGCUCUGCUCUGGUCAGACUCCUCGUAACGAGGCCGAGAAGGUCGAGUACGAGCGUGUCUUUGAGGAGGUUCCCGCUCCCUUCACUCAGGAGGAGCGUGACGCCUGGCUCUCGAAGCUGAGCGAGGUUGCCGUCUCGUCGGAUGCUUUCUUCCCCUUCAUUGACAACGUUUUCCGUGCCGCUCGCUCUGGUGUCAAGUACAUUGCCGCCCCCACUGGUAGCCAGAACGACGCACCUGUCUUCUCUACUGCUGAGCAGCUCGGCAUUUCCUUCGUUGAGCAGGGCACUCGUCUGUUCCACCACUAGAUGUGGGGUGUAGAUUGAGAGUAAGAAAGUGAAAAAAAAUGUUUAUGUGAUGAUGUCCGUCCAGUCUUUUCACGGCCUUAUAAAUACAGACCUAGUAUGGCUGAACAAGCAACUUAUGAAAAUUGGUUUCACGGCAUGUGUUGGCGUUUAGUGUGCGCAAGCGCCUGGUACGUACAGAAAAGGUUAGGUAUAGAGGAAUAAAUGCAAUUUCAAGUUCAACAUAAGGUAAUUCAGCUCGUGGGCUUGAGUAGAUGUUAAUUUAUUGGAUUGCAUAAGUGAGUUAAAAAAUAAUGGCUGCGAGGUUCAAAAUGGAAAAAAGAAAAAAGAAAUGCC